UAAUUAUAUAUAAAUUCUUACAUGUGUAUAUAUAUAUAUAUAUAUAUAGAUAUAUAUAUAUAUAUAUAUACACAUAUACAUCUAACCUAUACAAUGUUUGAAUUGUCAAAGAACGUUUUGAAAUUUACCGUACAUAAAUAUCUAAAAGAGAUAAAAGUCAGUUUACGUUUGAAGAUAAAUGGCCAUGUAUGCGACCAACUAUUUUAAAAUUACUCAAACAAGAAACUGUUACUCAAGCAGAAUGGCAAGAUUUAUUCUUUUCUGUUCAUGCAGUAUGUGUAUGGAAUGACAAAGGUGCUCUUAAAUUAUUAGAUGCACUUAAAGAAGAUAUAAUGGACUUUAUAAAACAAGCUCAGCAGAGAGUUUUAGCACACCAAGAAGAACAAGCUUUAUUAAAAGCAUAUAUAGCUGAAUGGAGAAAAUUUUUUGCACAGUGUAAUUAUUUACCAACACCAUUUAGACAAUUAGAAACAUCUCUUGCUGGAAAAGCACCAUCCAGUGUUCAGAAAAAAAGUCAACCUGAUGAUAUUGUCAGAAAACUAAUGUUGGAUAGUUGGAAUCAAAGUAUAUUUGGAGAAAUAAAACAAAAACUUCAAGAUUCAGCUAUGCGACUUGUUCGUGCUGAAAGAAAUGGUGAAGCAUUUGAUUCACAGUUAGUUAUUGGUGUUAGAGAAUCUUAUGUAAAUUUAUGUUCAAAUGCAACAGAUAAGCUUCAAAUUUAUAGAGAAAAUUUUGAAGCAGCAUAUAUAGAAGCAACAGAAGCUUUUUAUUGGGUUAAAGCUCCUGAACAGUUAUCAUUACAUGGUGUAGAGAAUUAUAUGCGUUAUGCAGAUGCAAAAUUACAAGAAGAAGAACUUCGUGCCCAAAAAUAUUUAGAACCAAACAGUGCUAGUGUACAACUUUUAACUGAUUGUUGUGUACGUGUCUUAGUGGCAACUUUUAAGCCGGCUAUAUUAGCAGAAUGUCCAAGAAUGAUUCAACAUCGUCAAACAGAUAAACUUAGGUUAAUGCUAAAGCUAAUGGAUAGAGUUCCUGAGGGAGUUGGUCCAAUGUUAAGAAAUUUAGAGGAACAUAUAGCAAGUGCAGGUUUAGCUGAUAUGAUGGCAGCUGUGGAUGUUAUUACUCAAGAUUCUGAAAAAUAUGUUGAAAGAUUAUUGGAUCUUUUUCGUCGGUUUUCAAUUCUUGUUAAAGAAGCAUUUGAUGAUGAUCCUCGAUUUCUAACUGCUCGAGAUAAAGCUUAUAAACUUGUUGUAAAUGAUGCAACAGUGUUCAGGUUAGAAUUACCUGCACGUCAAUGUUCUGGUAUUGGUACAACUAUUUUGAAUAACAAACCUAACAACAACAAUAAUGGACAGCCAGAGUCAAAAUGUCCAGAACUUCUAGCUAACUAUUGUGAUAUGUUACUUAGAAAAACACCUCUCAGUAAAAAAUUAACUUCUGAUGAAAUUGAAAGCAAGUUAAAAGAUGUGUUAUUAGUAUUAAAAUAUGUUCAGAAUAAAGAUGUAUUUAUGCGCUAUCAUAAAGCUCAUUUAACAAGGCGCUUAAUAUUAGAUACAUCUGCUGAUUCUGAAAAAGAAGAAAAUAUGGUAGAAUGGCUUCGUGAAGUUGGAAUGCCUGCUGAUUAUGUUAACAAAUUAGCUCGAAUGUUUCAAGAUAUUAAAGUGUCACAAGAUCUUAAUCAACAAUUUAAGGAGCAAUGUAGAGCUGCUAUUGCAGAUAGUAUUAAUAUUAAGAUACUAAAUGCAGGUGCAUGGGCUAGAGGUAGUGAACGUGUCACUGUAAGUUUACCGUUGCAGUUAGAAGAUUAUAUUCCUGAAGUAGAAGAAUUUUAUAAAAAAAAGCACAGUGGAAGAAAAUUACAGUGGUAUCAUCAUAUGUCAAAUGGCACGAUAACAUUUUCUAACCAAGUGGGACGCUUCGAUGUGGAUGUAACAACAUUUCAAAUGGCAGUUUUAUUUGCUUGGAAUCAACGACCGUUUGAAAAAAUAUCAUAUGAAAAUUUACGAUUGGCUACGGAACUUCCAGAUCCUGAAUUAAGGCGAACUUUAUGGUCGUUGUGUGCUUUCCCGAAACUCAAACGUCAGCUUCUUUUAGUUGAGCCACAUGCACAUAGUCCCAAAGAUUUUGCAAAUGAUACAAGAUUUUGGGUUAAUCAAGAAUUUGCUAUUGUAAAAAAUGGUAAACUGCAAAAACGUGGUAAAAUUAAUUUAAUAGGUAGACUUCAAUUAUCAACUGAGCGGAGUAAAGAAGAAGAUAACCAAUCUAUUGUACAACUUAGAAUAUUAAGAGUUCAGGAAGCAAUUAUCAAGAUUUUAAAGAUGCGUAAAAAAAUUAGUAAUGCUCAGUUACAAACUGAAUUAGUUGAUAUAUUAAAAAAUAUGUUUUUACCAAGUAAAAAAAUGAUAAAAGAACAAAUUGAAUGGCUUAUUGAGCAUAAAUAUAUACGUAGACACGAUGAUGACAUUAAUACCUUUGUAUACAUGGCAUAGAUUGGGAUUAUACAUAAUAUUGUUCAGAUUCUCAUGAUUAAUAUUAUAUUUUUAUAAACAUUCAGUUCUUGUUUACCAAGUAUAUGCUCAAAAAUCCUAAUAUAAUGGAAAGAUAUUAAUGUUGUUUGUAAUAUAUUCACAAAAAACAUUUUUUGAAACAAAUAGUACUGUCAUACAGAGUCAUAUCGUUCAUAAAUUAUAAUUAAAUAAUAUUAUAUUGUCUUCGACCAUAGGAUUGUGCAUUGUUAAAUAGGUAAUAUCUAUUAUAAUAUUUCAAAAAUUUAAGAUAUAAAGUUUUUUUUAAAAAAAAAAGUUAAUUUGAAUGUAUCCGUGGAAAAAAAUGUUUAAGUUUCAAAAUUUAUUCAUUAUAUUAUAUUUCCAUUAUUUUUUGUCUUUUGUUUUCAGUGCUAUUUCAUUAAUAACUUUAUAUUUGAUUUUAUUUUUAUCUUCUGUUUUAUAUUUAAUAUAAUCUGACAAUUUUAUUCUUCUUUAGAAUAAAAUAGAUUAUUUAUAAAAUAAUUAUAAAUAUUAAUAAAUUUGUCACAAAUUAAAUUUAUUUCGCGAAAAAAUAAAAAUGUUAUAUGUAUAGAUGGUAUGUACACAUAUGUACAUUAUACAUUUUAAUACAUGUUUAAGCAUAAUUGCAUGAAUAUGUUUAUUCAUUGUGUAAUUAUUUAAGUGUACAUAUUUUCUAAACAUAAUUAUUUUCAUUAAUUUGUUUAGAGGCAGAUAAAAAGCACUGAAUUAUAGAAUUUUUUUCAUAUAAUACUUCUAUAUUUUGUUUUUAUUAAAUACAUAAUAAUUUUUUUUAAAUCAAAUACAAUUUUUAAAUUACAGAAGUUAAAAUAAAUUAAUUCAUAUGAAAAAAAAAAUAUAAAAAAUGGCCUAUAUCGUUAUAUGUAAAUGUAAGGAUAUAAAAUUUUAAUUUUUUUAUAUUUUAAUAAUAAAAUCUUAUAUCAUGUCUGUACCUAAAAAAAUUUUACAAUUAUAUUAUAUUGUGAAUGAUAAAAUCUUAACUUAAUAUUACUGAUAACAUUGAUGUGUAUAAAGCUUUUAUAUUAUUUCAAUAUGCGAUCAACAACUGUAAAAGUGAACAACUUGGAAAUUAAAAAAUAAGAUUUUUUUAUAUUU